CCCCCAGCGCGAGCGUCACAGUAUCACGACGACGACGCGCCAAAGUCGUCCCUCGACCAUCCUUCUCAAACGAACCCCCGCCCGCGGUUCUAGCAGACAAAAGCCGUCGAUUUGCCGCACCUUGGACACGCUUGGCCACUCGCGAUCACUCCUCAUCGCAAGUCCUUCCUCGUGUCGGUCUCCUCCUCCUUCCCCUCCCCCUCUCCCCCCACCCUUGUCUUAUCGAUCUACUCACAACUACCAACACCCACCUCGGACACGAAAGAGACCUCGUCCAAGCACGCACAGUGUCACUCUAAAGAUAAAGGCAACCUCUCGGACUGCGGUCCUCUCGCCCCUCCCUUCCUUCCUCCACACUCGCCCUCGUCGACGCCCCGGGUCCACACCACCAUUUUUUCUCUUGACCCCAUCUGCACAGAGCUCCUGUCCGGCUCGACUUUGCCCCCCUCGACACACUCGACACGCUCGCUGCAGCGUGCCCCGUGGUCCCGAGCUGUGAAACGACUCGGCAAAGUGCCGCGUCUCUGACGACAACAUGUCUGGCGCCGUGACAUAUGGGCCGGACUCGGGCGCCAAUGGCGCCGUCGAGUACGCCUACAUUGCUACCCCCCAAGGAAGACCACAAGCUGUCCAGUACAAUCCCGCGCUCGGCCAGGUCCCUCCAGGCAUGAUCAUGCAGCAGCCGCAGCAGCCUCUCGUUCAACACCAGGUGCAACAAGUGACGCCUCUGCAACAACAACAGCUUCAGCAGCAGGCCCAGCAGCAACAACACUUGGCAAUGCAGUCGGCCCAGCACCUGCAACAACAACAUCAUCAUCAUCUCGCCGCUGCUCAACAACAACAGUCGGCGAUGGCGGCUGCCGGCAUGCCAAUGCCAUCACAACAGAUCCAGCUCGUUGCUCACCAAGGCUACCAGCUUGCACCUCGGCCCAUGCAGGGCUACCAAGGCGCCGUCCCGGUUCAGUUUUACCCACCAAUGGCCCACCAGGGCGGUGUCCCUGCCUUUGCCCACAUGGGAACAACGCACGUCCAGGACUACCGAUUCGGUGCGCCGCAGUUUGGUGUGGAGCAGGGAUGGCACGGUGGCGCCGAGUGGGAGGAAGAUUACGACGAGAACGGAGGCGCCGUCUUGUACGGGACGUUGGAGGUCAAGCAUCGGCGACGAACAACCCCAGAACAACUACGCGUUCUCGAGCAUUGGUUUAGCAUCAACCCCCGACCCGACAAUGCAUUGCGCGAGUGGCUUGCCUCGGAGCUCGGUAUUACCAAGCGCAAUGUGCAGGUCUGGUUCCAAAAUCGACGUGCAAAGAUCAAGAAUCAGGAAAAGGCACGCGAGGCCGCAGCAGCCGAUGCAAAGAAGGAGGCUGAGCGCAACGGAACAUCAACAGCGCCGACUGGCAACGCACCCGACGGUAGCGGUGACCUGGCAAACGCCGCUGGAACAAGUGGCAGCGGAACCAGCGGACAGAUCCCGCCGCCAAUUCUCACCCAGCAGGCCAACGCCAUCCACGCUGCUGCCUCUCUUGACCCAACUGGAGCGGUAGUCGCCCCCACGCAGCCCAACCACAUUGGCACACCAAUCCAGACGCCUCUGGUCACGACCCAGGUGCCAUCACGGCCGUCAUCAAGUGGAGGCAACGACGACGUGGUACACGACAAUGUCGAUAUCCCCGCAGCUGACAAGCUGAACAUGGGUCGUCGUGUCUCGCUUGCAGGUGGCGACAUUUCAUCCAUUGAAGCGUGGGCACGGCGUCGUGCCACCCUGGGCCAGUAUGGCAGUGGAUCAGUCUCGGUGGGCAACUCACCCAUGGGCCUUGCCGCGGCUGCACGACGAAACAGCCAGCCCUACCCUACGCAGGUCCUCACUGCGCCACUCGAGGGCGGUGAGAACGGCUCGGCUCGCUCGGCUUUGCCAAGUCCCAAGGUGUCGCCUAAUGGCCGUAUGCCUCAAGGAUUACUGGUCACGGCCAUGCGCAACAACACGCUACGACGCGCGUCCAUGCCCGGUGGUGGUGCCCAGCUCAUCUCUUCCAAUGCCUUCACGCCGCCUCGCAACGCUUCGUAUGUGCACCCAUUGCCAGGCUCUACGCAGGCUCUGCCGACGGCCAAUGGACAGCCCGGUCGAUCCGGAGGACCCGGUCGCGAGCUCAGCCCCAUCAGGGACCACGACGGCGAACUCGACCCGUCGCUGCGUGGCAGUGUGCCAGCGACAUACGUCACUGGGCCGUCAUCGACAUAUGCCAGCAGCAUGUCUGGAUUCUUGUCGGUGCCUGAACCCGACCUCGGCCUGUCGUACACGCUCAACCCAGGCCUGCCCGGUGUUCCAUUUUCUCCCAACUCGCCACUGCCUAACCCGACCUUCUCGUUUGGUGGCGCGCCGUCGUCCGGCCACUCCACCCCGGGUGGCCCAGGAUCGCUCAGCAUCAGCACCGAAGGUGUCAGCAUGGACAAGAGCGACUCGCAGCAGCAGGCACUGUUCAUGGCACUGCAGCGCGGCCGUCUGGGAUCGAUUGCGUCGGUUAACAGUGUCAACACGACUGUGACGGACGGUGGUACCGAAAACGGUAGCGAGCUCGACUGGCCGUCGUUCAUGCCGCCUAAUGGCUUUGACCCUGACAUUCGUCGUGCGUCUGCGCCUGCAGAUUUGCUGCACAACAUUGGCUUGCUGGGUAUCUCGUCGGCGAACGCUGGCCAGCAUAGCCUCAGUGCCGGUGCUAGCAACGCAACGUCUGGGACUGCUACCUUUGCGCGGCCGUCUCCGCUCGGCUCUGCAGCAUUCUCGCACAGCAAUCUUGAGGCGCACAACGCCAGUCUCACCUCGUCCACACCGACCAUCCCGGGCGGCCCCUACAUCCCUGCCAACGACUCGUCGCCCAUUACGAAUGGUUCGGCGGUUCCAAGCGAAGGCCCGUCGCCCGCUGGCAUCCACACGCAGAUGCACUCUACGCUGAUGCCGCCUCCGCCCCUCCCCAACCGGUCACAGCCUGUCUAUGCCGGCUACACCGACAUGGGUUCGUCGCAGUACGACUUUGGCGUCGACUCAUUGCCUUCUUCUGUCCCCUCGCUGCCUGACCCGAGCGCCUAUGUCUUUGGCAGCGCGUCUUCGACCUCGGGCAGCGCCAGCGGCAGCAGCGGCGACCUUGGUUUCUUGUCAUCGGAAGCCGACCUGGGUUUCGACCUGCGCGGUGACGACGACAAGGACCAGUUUGCCUUCCUUGCCGAGCUCACCAACGAUCUCGGCUCGGAUGGCGUCAACGUUUUGGUCUAAUCUCAGAGGAUAUACAUGGCCCUCUUUCCGACCAGCUCGACGUUGUUUCCUUUCCCGUCUCUCCCCCCAAAAGUGUACAUCCCUCAUCCAUCCUCACUACAUUUUUCUCUGGUUAUCCUGGUUUACAUGGGUCCCCCCCCUCUCUCACACGCAUACAUGAGCCUCCAUCAUCAUCUGUCUCCUACUGUCUCUUUCCGCUUGUUGGGAUUAUAUUGAGCCACUACAUUGUAACCGUCAGCAGAUGCACAUAACACACGUAAUGCAUCAUGUGUGUGAGUCGGCA